AUAAAAUAAGUAUUUGACAAAAAUUAUUUUGAUAUUUGUUCCCUAUUAAAACAUUAAAAGUGGUGUUGUAUUUCAUUUCCAUUUUGUACUAAUUGUGUAUCUAAAAAAGGCGUUUACUUGUACAUCAGUCUAUUGCAUCUACUGAAGAAAAGUCUUUAAACAAAAGCUACUAUGGGUACUUUGUCUGAUUUUGGACAAAUAGCCAUGAAAUGGGAUCCCAAAAAUUUGGAAAUUCGUACUAUGUCAGUCGAAAAAACCCUAGAACCGUUGGUAUUACAAGUAACAACACUUGUGAAUACUAAGGGGCCGAGCAAGAAGAAAAAAGGGAAAUCGAAAAGAGCUAGUGCUUUGGUGGCAGCUGUCGAAAAGGCUACAGAAAAUUUUAUUCAAAAAGGUGAACAAAUUGCCUAUGAAAAUCCUGAUAUUACUCAAGAAAUGUUAGCGGCUGUCGAUGAAGUACGUAAAACUGGUGAUGCCAUGAGCAUUGCAGCUCGAGAGUUUUCUGAAGAUCCAUGUAGCUCUCUCAAACGAGGCAAUAUGGUGCGCGCUGCUCGUAAUUUGCUUUCGGCUGUUACUCGUCUCUUGAUAUUAGCCGAUAUGGUUGAUGUGCACUUGUUGCUCAAAUCAUUGCAUGUGGUCGAAGACGACUUGAAUCGUCUUAAAAAUGCUUCGAGUCAAGAUGAACUAUUAAACAAUAUGAGGCAAUUUGGUAGAAAUGCAAACGAACUUAUUAAGCAGGCAGCUAAACGGCAGCAAGAGCUUAAAGAUCCACAACUUCGUGAUGAUUUAGCCGCUGCUCGCGCCAUGCUAAAAAAACAUUCCACUAUGCUUCUCACAGCUUCAAAAGUUUACGUUCGUCAUCCAGAACUAGAUCUAGCUAAAGUUAAUCGUGACUUUAUUCUUAAACAAGUAUGUGAUGCUGUCAAUACUAUAAGUGACGUUGCACAAGGAAAAUCUUGCCAACCAACAGAUAUUUACAGCGGAGCUGGGGAAUUGGCUGCAGCUUUAGAUGACUUUGACGAGGGAAUUAUUAUGGAUCCCAUGACGUACAGUGAAAAACGCUCUCGCCAAUUACUUGAAGAACGUUUAGAGAGUAUAAUCAGUGCAGCUGCAUUGAUGGCGGAUGCAGAUUGCACAAGGGAUGAGCGAAGAGAGCGUAUUGUUGCUGAGUGUAAUGCUGUACGACAAGCACUGCAAGAUCUAUUGUCUGAAUAUAUGUCAAAUAUGGGACAAAAGGAAAAUAGUUCGGGUCUUGAUAGAGCUAUUGAUCAAAUGUGCCGGAAAACUCGUGAUUUACGUCGCCAAUUGCGCAAGGCUGUAGUUGAUCACGUUUCGGAUUCGUUCUUGGAAACAACUACUCCUUUAAUUGAUCUUAUAGAGGCUGCCAAAACGGGUAACGAGAAAAGAGUACGUGAAAAGGCUGAUAUUUUUACUAAACAUGCUGAGAAAUUAGUAGAAGUUGCUAAUCUGGUAUGCAGUAUGUCGAACAAUGAGGAUGGCGUAAAAAUGGUGCGCUAUGCUGCUGCACAAAUAGAAAGUUUAUGUCCUCAAGUCAUAAAUGCAGCUUCAAUUCUAACAGUACGACCCAACUCGAAAGUAGCGCAGGAAAAUAUGACAGCGUAUCGUCAAGCUUGGGAAGUUCAAGUUCGUAUUUUGACAGAGGCUGUUGAUGACAUCACUACUAUUGACGACUUUUUAGCCGUAUCUGAAAACCAUAUAUUGGAAGAUGUCAACAAAUGUGUCAUGGCUUUACAAGUUGGUGAUGCCGACGAUUUAAGAACAACUGCUGGUGCAAUCCAAGGAAGAUCAGCACGAGUUUGUAAUGUAGUUGAAGCUGAAAUGGAUAAUUACGAACCAUGCAUAUACACAAAACGUGUUCUUGAAGCCGUAAAAGUUCUAAGGGAUCAAGUUAUGUCGAAGUUUGACCAACGUGUUGAUGCUGCGGUCAAUGCGCUUUCAUCUAACUCCAAUAAAGAUGUCGAUGAAAAUGAUUUUAUUGACGCAUCUCGCCUGGUUUAUGAUGGUGUUCGCGAAAUAAGGCGUGCAGUACUUAUGAAUAGGAGCUCUGAAGAUUUGGACACAGACACUGAAUUUGAACCAGUAGAAGAUAUGACUUUGGAAACGCGUAGUCGAUCAAGUGCUCAUACUGGUGAUCAAACUGUUGAUGAAUACCCAGAUAUUAGUGGAAUAUGCACAGCUAGAGAAGCUAUGCGCAAAAUGACUGAAGAAGAUAAACAGAAAAUAGCCCAACAGGUCGAACUGUUUCGUCGGGAGAAGCUUACAUUUGAUUCUGAGGUGGCCAAAUGGGAUGAUACUGGAAAUGACAUUAUAUUUUUAGCUAAACACAUGUGUAUGAUAAUGAUGGAAAUGACUGAUUUUACACGUGGUCGUGGUCCAUUAAAAACAACUAUGGAUGUUAUUAAUGCAGCAAAGAAAAUUUCUGAGGCUGGUACUAAACUCGACAAAUUAACUCGAGAAAUAGCUGAACAGUGUCCUGAAAGUUCCACUAAAAAGGAUUUAUUGGCUUAUUUACAACGCAUUGCUUUGUAUUGCCAUCAAAUACAAAUUACAUCCAAAGUAAAAGCUGAUGUCCAAAACAUAAGCGGAGAAUUAAUAGUUUCUGGCUUGGACAGUGCUACUUCCUUAAUUCAGGCAGCAAAGAAUCUGAUGAACGCAGUAGUUCUAACAGUUAAAUAUUCAUAUGUUGCUUCUACCAAAUAUACCCGUCAAGGAACCGUUACUUCACCCAUUGUUGUAUGGAAAAUGAAAGCUCCAGAGAAAAAACCUUUAGUAAGACCUGAAAAGCCGGAGGAGGUUCGAGCAAAAGUCCGGAAGGGAUCACAAAAGAAAGUGCAGAAUCCAAUACAUGCUCUGUCGGAAUUUCAAAGUCCUGCUGAUGCAGUUUAAAGCUAGUUAUCUAUUGUGAAUGAUAUAUCAAUUUCGCAUAGUAUUUUAUAAGCACUAAAUAUAUACAUCUCAUACAAACAAACGUUAAAAGUUUCAAUAAAAUUCAACUAACAUUUAUCACUUGUAGUAUUUAAAAUAUCCAUGUAGUAUUGUAAAACGUAAGCAAAACAGGAAAAGUGUUAGUAAGAAAUUAUAUCUAAAUAAACGAGUAUUAUUCAAUUCAA